CACACACACACACUGACAGUGUGACUCGGUUGAAGCAGCUUCUGUCUCCUCUUCAGUAUCUCCUGUGUGUGUGUCUGUGUGUGUGUUGUUUUUUGUUGUUUGUUUGUUGUUGUUGUUGUUUCGCGGGAAACAUGAUGAGCUCGUGCUGACAGAAGGACCGGGGCUGCGGGCGCCGCCGCCUCCUCUUCACCGGAGAAUGAAGCGCGUGUGUCGGAGGCUGGCGGUGGCCGUGGCGGUGCUGGUGUGGCUGGGAGCGCUCGUUUACCUGCUGGUGCUCAGCCGGAGGAGGCUGCCGGAGCUCGGCACCGGACCCGGAGCGGGACCGGGACCCGGACCGGGAGAGACGGCGUACAGCAGCAGCAGCCAGCUCUCGGACGCAGAGUGGGAGGACAUGUUGGACGGUUUCGACGAGCGCAGUUACCUGAGCGCUCGGCGCUGGAAGCCCGGCGACGACCCGUACACGCUGUACGCCUUCAACCAGAGGGAGAGCGAGCGUAUCCCGAGCAACCGAGCGCUGAGAGACACCAGGCACUACAGGUGCACCACGCUUCACUACGACUCUGAUCUUCCUCCAACCUCCAUCAUCAUCACCUUCCACAACGAGGCCAGAUCCACACUACUGCGCACCAUCAGGAGCGUUUUAAACAGAACUCCAGUUCAUCUCAUUCAUGAGAUCAUCCUGGUGGACGACUUCAGCAACGACGACAGCGACUGUCAGCUUCUCACCAAACUGCCCAAAGUCAAGUGUCUGCGCAACAACAAGAGAGAAGGUCUGAUCAGGUCCAGAGUCAGAGGAGCUGAUGCUGCGAGAGCCGGAGUCCUGACCUUCCUGGACAGUCACUGUGAGGUCAACAAGGACUGGCUGCCUCCUCUGCUGCACAGGAUCAAACAGGAUGCGACCCGUGUGGUCAGCCCGGUCAUCGACAUCAUCAACAUGGACACGUUUGCCUACGUGGCGGCCUCUGCCGACCUGCGUGGAGGUUUCGACUGGAGUCUCCAUUUUAAGUGGGAGCAGCUGUCGCCGGAGCAGAGGGCUAGCCGCGCCGACCCCACCCAGCCCAUCAAGACUCCCAUCAUUGCAGGAGGACUCUUCGUGAUUGACAGGUCCUGGUUCAAUCACCUCGGCAAAUAUGACACCGCCAUGGACAUCUGGGGAGGAGAGAACUUUGAGAUCUCGUUCCGGGUGUGGCAGUGUGGAGGGAGUCUGGAGAUCCUGCCCUGCAGCAGAGUGGGUCACGUGUUCAGGAAGAAGCACCCGUACGUGUUUCCUGAGGGCAACGCAAACACGUACAUCAAAAACACGCGUCGCACAGCCGAAGUGUGGAUGGACGACUUUCGUCUUUUUUACUACUCUGCUCGCCCGGCAGCUCGAGGGAAAUCCUAUGGCGAUGUUCGAGGCCGAGUGGAACUUCGCAAAAAGCUCAAGUGCAAAUCUUUUCAGUGGUAUCUAGACAACGUUUACCCAGAGCUCAAGGUUCCGGAUGAUUCCGACUCUCGAUCCGGUGUCAUCAAACAGAGGCAGAACUGUCUGGAGUCUCGUAGGGUGGACGGUCAGGAGCUGCCAGUCCUCACUCUGGCCCCGUGCAUCGGAAAAGAAGGCGUCCCCGCCAUCAACCAGGAGUGGGUUUACACUCACGGGCAGCAGAUCCGUCAGCAGCAACACUGUCUCUCUCUGUCCACAACCUUCCCUGCAUCACAGGUGCUGAUGCUGCCCUGCAACAUGGCCGACGGCAAACAGCGGUGGCAGAAGUCGGGGACUCACCUGGAGCACCUGGUGUCUCGCUUCUGUCUGGACUCAGAGAUGGCGCUGGACGGCAUGGACUCGUCGCGGAUGCUGGUGAUCAGUCCGUGUGAACUGAGCGCGUACACACAGAGAUGGGAGGUGCCCUUCUCCUGACCCCACGUCCGCCCGCCCCUUCGCCUUUUUGACCUUUCACCCCGACACCGGCCUCCAAAGUGCCGGGUGCAGAGACAGAGCGGCGGUGCGUGAGCACGUCCUGUCGCGGCGCUGCGCCCAGGAGAGUUCUUCUGAAGGUCUGGGAAAAGGAAGAGACGCACGCGUCCGGACGAAAAAAAGUCUCUGGGUUUGGUCCAAACAAGUGCACCUUAAAAAAAACAUGAAACUGUCAAAGACUGGAGUUGGCGAGAAACACUGGCUCCAAAAUGUAAAUGAGAGAAUGUGUCUUGGCGUGUUUUGCAUUCAAAGUGUUUGUUUGUUGACGCUGUUUGACAAUUAAAACCAAGCACAACAGA